AUGUCAUCAGCAAUGGACAUUCACCAUGAGGAAACGACGACUGGAGAAACUUCGAGCGAAUCGUUACCUAGAACGAGACGAGGUACCAAGCGGCCUUCAUUUGGUCCCGGAAGGGAAAUUAGAACAGGUCGCAGAACUCGAAGGAGACUAGAUGGCGAAGCCGAUCCACAACCUUCGACGCAGUCUGUUGUAUCAGAUGUAGCUCGACCAAAUGGUACAAGCUCUGUAGUGUUUGAGGAGGGCAGUAGUAGUUCAUUACAGCCUGAAACGGGGACAUUUGUUGAUCCCGUUCAGGAAGAUUCGGUUGCCCGAGAUAAAGACAACGACGUGAUUGUUGUUACACAUCCAACAUCGCGAUUUUGUUUGCCUCUCAAAACCUCAACUGGAGGUAACGGGAAGGAUGGGGUCAGAGUAGAAAGGACAGGUGGUCCAUGUUCCAAAGAAGACCAUUCUCCCUUGCCAAAUCGAAGCCAGGAAGUGGUUUCAAGCCGCAGUCUUUCUCUUAUUCUCAACGACGAUCGAGAAGUACGUCCUUCGUCGCUGGCAAGCCCGACACGAGUCUUAAGUGCCGUCACUGUGACUCCUAUCCCUAGCGACGAACAGUCCUCCCAUUCACAUCCUAAAGGGAAGGGGAAGCAAAAGGCCGAAGAAAGAGCUCCUACACCCGAAGCAGAAACUAGCACCCUCGCGGAUUACACAUGCCCAAUAUGUUUCUCUCCACCGACCAAUGCAACACUCACCCCUUGUGGGCAUAUUUGUUGCGGCUCAUGCUUGUUUGCGGCAGUGAAGUCUUCUAUGAAAAGAGCACAAUAUGCAGCUCCUGAAGAUGCUGGUGCGAGAUGUCCUGUUUGUCGUGCAUCGAUUUCCGGAUGGGAUGGAAAGGGAGGAGGAGUGAUUGGGCUCAAGAUUAGGACACUAUUUACGUUGUGA